UAAUAUUGGCUAGGAACGGUAACAUAGAACCUAUAAAAAAUUUUUUAUUCUAAGUAUUGCAAUUUUGUUCAGUGUUGACUACUUGUUUCUGUGAACUUCUGUAAUUAGGAAAUUUUAAUUUUGCUAUGUCGAUGACGGGUCCCGAUUUUGUUUAAUAGGACUCUAAUGUCGAGUGGAUGGAUUAAUUGGAUGCAGACCCAUCGAUACGUUACCUUUUGUCUAGUAUAUGAGUAGGUACUUUUGUUACUGCGAGUAUUUCUUCACAAUUUCUAAGAGCUGUUCAGAGGCUACAUCGUUUGCUGUAAAUAAUGGCGACUGACAAGGAACAGGUGAUACAAGCACUACGAGCUACUUUGCUGUCAGUAAAAGGAGCUCUUACAAUAAAACAGUGUAAUCGUGAUUAUCGAGAGCUUCAAGGCGAUUGGAUACCAUAUAAAAAAUUAGGAUAUCCAACAUUAGAUAAACUUUUUCUUGAUAUUCCUGGCUUCAAAGUAACGCAAAUAAAUGGUGAAUGGUAUGUCGAUGCUAUCGCCAGCCAAGAGUCACAACACAUUGCAUCUAUGGUCUCACGUCAAAAAUCAAGCAAGAAAGCCAUAAAAUUAAACUAUCCAAAUCGUUUCCCAAAGAAACAAGGUUCAUGGCGUAAACCAAGCGCAUCAACAAAUCAUCCUACAGUUUACAAUAAUCAGUAUUCUAACCAGUACUACAGAGCUAAAGGUGGAACAUCUUUUAAUAAUAAUUAUAAUAACAAGGUUAGCAGCAAUUACAAAUACAAAUCAAAUGAAAUAAAAAAUACAAGCCAGAAUCCAAAACCAAUCUCGAGGUCACUUAGUGAUUAUUCAGAUAAAAGUGGAUUAAAUUUGUCUACAAAAAUUAAUAAUAUUUCACAAACUGUUCGGGAUGCUAAAGAUGAGAUUAAACAUUCCACGCGAACUGAUCACGAUGUUGACUUAAAACAUAGCGGAAAGGUGUCGGCUUCCCAAAGGCUUUCUAAUCUGAGAGACAGACUAAACACAGUUCCAGAUCUCAUUCCAUUACAAUUGCCAGCCGCAAACAACCAGUGCAUGGAAAGCAGUGGACCAGUGACUAACGUUGUACCAGCACACAAUCUAGAACCUCCACCUGAUUCAACUUCAUCAGCAAUCAAGUUGGAGUGGACAUGUCGAAAAUUAGGUCUACCACAGCCUGUUUACAAAGUAUAUGAUAUUCGACCCAAAAAAGGCCCUAUCAGUUAUGACUGCACGGUGAAAGUUGGAAGCACAUAUUCAUCGUCAUCAUAUCCAGAUUCUUCACCAUCGGACGACUUGGCGAAAGAAGUCGCUGCUGUUAAAUUACUAGCAAUAAUAGAAAGUUCUGAUGUUGGUGGAAUGCCCACUUCUUCUAGCAGCAGAGCUUUGACGUGUCUCACGGAACUCGUGGCAGAGCAUGAAGCUGGGCUUUGGGCUAGUACCGUACCUCAUUUGUACAGGGAAAAAUAUGGAGAGAAUUUACCUAGUAAUUGGCAAGAGUUGGUGGAAAAUUGUCCUAAAAUUAUAAAAGACAGAGUUGUGAAUGGACUUUUAGUGCUUCUUCCUAAUAAAGAGGGCGUGGAGGCAAGUGUGCCGGGUGACCCAAUAGACAGCGACCUACCUCCACUGCAAUUCCCUGAAGACGAUUUCUGGAAUGUCUAUAUAACUGUUGCUAAUUCAACACUCGAAAUCUGGCUUAGAAUUAUUGGACAAGAAUAUAGUGGCGCUUUUGAAGAAUUGCUCGCCGACAUGGCAAACUACUAUAAGAACUCUGGUACUUCCGUCGACAAAUCCAUGAUUGUUAUCAACGCUUGGUAUGCAGCAAAUUUAGACGACGGCGGUUGGCAACGCGCGAAAAUAUUAGAGAUAAAUGACGACACUGCGACCGUUUUCUUGGGAGACCAUGGAGACGAUGAUUUCGUAUCGUUAGACAAAAUAAAGAUUUUAGAACCUCAAUUCAGAAGAUUGCCUGCACAGGGCGUGCUGUGCCGGCUGGAGGGGGCGGAGGAGCUGGCGGCGAGCGAGGCGGGCGCGGCGCUGGUGCGGCGGCGGCUGCCCGGCGAGGUGCUGGUGGCGGCGCCCGGCCCGCGCCACGACCCGCUCGACCCUUCCGUCGCGCUCGUGCUCUACGACACCUCCACGCAGCGUGACCUCAACCUCAAUAAAGAGAUCGUGCACGACUUCUGCACCGCUGCCACUUUCACUAUCACCCAGAAACCAUGUGAGGUGGAGGUGGGGUGCGUGAGCGACGAGGGUCGAGUGUGGGUGGCGCGUGCGGGUGGUGCGGCGAUCGUGCGCAACGCACUGGCACUCCUCACCGCGGGGCCUUACCGCCGGCCCCUGCCCGCCGCGCCGCACGCGCCCGCGCCCAACGCCGCCACGCUGUACAUCGUGCGCACCCUGGCCGGCGACUGGGUACGCUGCACAAUCAUAAGCGGACUGGAUGGCGAGGGAACCGUGAGAACUCAAUUAGUUGACAGUGGUUUAAUUCUACGAGCUCCACUUUCAUCAUUGGUGCCAUUGCAAACAUUUUCUCCAGCUUUGAACGACUAUCCCCAUCAGGCGCUGCAGGUGCGGCUGGGCGCGGCGGAGCGUGCGGCGGGCCGUAUGGUGUCGCGGUUGCGCGAGCUGGUGCUGGGCGCGCGCGUGCUGUGCCGCGCGCUGCCCGCCGACGCCUCGCCCUCCUCGCCCUCCGCGCCCUCCUCGCCGCCGCACGUCGAGCUCUUCGUGCGCACCGCCCCGCAGAACCUGCUCGCCUCCGUCAACAACUCCAUACUCAUGGAGUACGAGUGCUUGCAGCUAGACAGUUUAAAAGAAGACGAGAAAGAAGCGACGAACCACGUAGAAGCCCUACAUAGGAAGAAGGAGCGAAUAUUUCGUAGUCAGUCUUCGAGUGGAACGGUGGCGGGGGCGUCAGUCGGGGGUGGGACUGGCUCGCCGCUGCCUCCGCCGCCUCUUCCGGUUCCAGGCCAGUGUUUUGAUGUAUACAUAGCGAUGGCAGCUAAUCCUUGGAAUUUUGUUAUUCAACCGAAUAGAACUAGGCAUACGCUCCAAGCAAUGAUGUCGUCAUUGCAAGUGGAAUGUCCAAAAUUGUCCGAGUUGGAUGCUCCUGUGAAUCCAGCUAAUGGAGAAUUAUAUACUGUAUAUUAUGAAAAGGACGCGUCUUGGUAUAGGGUAACGAUAGCUGGGACAGUGUCACCCGACACGGUGUCUGUUUAUUUCUGUGAUUAUGGAGAUCUGGCUUUAUUUCCUAAUAAAGCAUUAAGACCGGUACCCGCAGGGGCUCCGUUAGCACGCUCGUUACCGCCUCAAGCCGUAAAGGCACGCCUGUAUGAUGUCUGGCCUCUCCAUCAAGAUUGGAGUGUAGAAGACUGUAUUAGAUUCCAAGAACUGUGUGUUGAACAGCAAUUUGUAGGUAUCUGUAAAGAUGUUGGCAAGGACCCUUUAAAUGCCACAGAGCCAUUACUUACUCUUGAUCUUAUAGACACUUCCACAGAUGAAGACAUAUAUCUGAAUAAACAGUUAGUAGCCGAAGGUAGAGCACGUCUUGAAUCAACUGCUUCAUAAAUUUUACUCCUUGCUAAUAGCCGUUGUGUAUUCCAUUAUUGUUAUAUUUGCUUAUUUAUGGUUAUAAAAAUGUAAUAAAACAAACAAAAACAAGUGUAUGUCCGUAGGUUUCUUGUUAUGUUAUUACAUAGAUAUAAUUAUAACUGAUCUUACUGUUUAUUUAUUACAAGUUGAAAAAAAAAAACUAUUUUUUUUUAAACUUAAGAAUAGUACACAUUGUAUCGGAUCAGACAUAUAAUGAAACUAGACGUUGGAAUGUAUUCAAUAAAUAUUAUGUGCGUGUAUCUUUUCUCAAUAAUAUAGAGUUUUAUAUUUCAUAACAAACAUUUUUACUAAAGAUGUGCAUUCACUAGUAUUAAGUAAACGUAAAUUAAUAUUAUGACUUCUAAUAUUUUAUGUCAUCAUUUAUUUCUUUUGUAACACUUGUCAGUGUGGACAUAGAUUGCUUUUCUUCGAAAGAUUGAUUUUAUAACUAGUGUUUGCACAACUUUCUAAUGUGACAAAAUGUACUAAGUAAACAUAGAAUAAUUCUAUAAUUACACACUAAAUUAUGAUUGAUUUUCAUUCCAUAUUUUAAUAGUACUCGCAAAAUAUACUAAAUUACAUUUAAUACAUGCAUUGUGAUUGCUUAUAUACCAUUGUAACAUAAUUAUAUGAGUCCGAUUUUUACAAUCAUUAGCCUACUUUAUAAUUGGCCUACUUAAUAUUUAUAAUAGAUUCAUCGUAUUUGCGUAUUCAAACAGCAAAUAAUCUCAGUUGUGUGUGAUUAGUAUUGGAAUUAUAUGUUAUUAGUAUAUGAGUUAACUUAAUGUGGAAGUUUAAUAGAUAUAAGGCAACGUUGCAAUUAUUUUCUAAUUUUCAAAAACAAUUGAACAUUUUUCAAUGUUUCUGAAUGAUUAUUUAAAAAGUUCUCUGCUAGCGAUAUAAAAUGUUAAUCAUUUUUGAAAGUUGAGAGAUAAUUUUGACGACGUUACCGCAUUUCGGUAAGCAAAAUUUAUGAACGCCCUUGACGUUGUCAUUAGAAAGCAGUUUUUAAUAUUAUUUCCUGAUGCACAUAAUAAACACAAUAAUACUCGAA